AUGGGCGAACGCAUUGGAGUAAACCUCGACUGUCUGGAUGAGACAGACGGCUUUGGUUCUGACAGUCUACAAACUCUUUUAUCUCAAUUUCGAGCCGAAUUCGCCAAUCGUUUGUCAUGCUCCCCUGACGAUUCCAUCACUCCUGCUCAACUUCUCGCCAACUUCGUUUUCCAAGUGUCAAGUUCUCCUGCCCGUCUUCCGAGAUUCUUCUUUAAACGCCUACAGUCUACAAGCAUUCGUCUUGUCAUCCUGCCUAAGCCCAACUCCCCAUCUGAACCGCUCAUCCUCGCCCAGGAAAUGGGUCUCGUUCUGAAUGUGAUGGGUAUCGUUUCCCAGAAGUCUCCUCGUAUCGACUUGAUGCGAAGAGUCGCUGCCGCAGAACUAGUUAUGUCCAUCUCCAGAUCUUCUAACCCUCCAUCCUCAUCCUCCUGCGAGGACUCUUCAUUAUCCAGUUUCCAACAGACACAGCGGCGCGUUGUUCCCAUCCAGCGCGACUACUUUCACACCGAGUUCUGUCUUACGUUCCCUCGACCAGCUCAGCCGCUAGAUCUGGGGUCACAGACCUCAGCUGGUGGCAGCCGGUCCAGCACCUCCACAACCGCGGAACUCUAUCGUGUCUUUUUGGAGGCCUUUCUAAUGGACGCCAAUGGUCUCCGUUGGCGUUUGUGUGGCACCUCUUCCGAGGCCGGCGUUGGGGAGAGCAUCCUCGUGCGUGUUGAGCCGCGUAGUAGUGCCCCAUCGGCAGACUUUACGCAGCCGAUAUCCUCCCAGAACGCCGCCCUACUGAAAUUUGAAGUUUCUGGAGAUUCGAAGACCAAAGUCUCAUUUACCACUUGA